GGAGGAGUUGCCUUGACUGUCGAUUUCCAGAACGGGUAGCAACAGAGACUGACCCUCACCCAGGAGAGACACAAGCACCACUACUAUCAGGCUGAAGAGGAUCAGACAUGUCUUCUUGGCAAUGGCAGUGAAGGACGCUCUCGGUUUGGGAGAUGACUGCGAUACCGCCACCAUGGUCGUCCCUUUGUGGGGGGUUGGUUGGUUGUUGAAGUGCACUGGCUGGCAAGUCUUUUCAUUCCUGCUUUGUUGGUUUUCGCGAAUAAACGUCGUACAUGUAUGCCUCUUGUGGUAAAUAAUCUUGUGGCACUCUUGUGGCACACAAGACCCCUCUUUUUUGGCUCUUGAAAGGCUCCUCACAAAAUUUGGGCAACUCGGGCACCAAGCAUCAUUCACCAACUACAGCCUGGUACUGUAGAGUCCUAGCUAGAAGGUAUUUACACAGAGGACGCCCCAAACGAUGCGUUUGUCCCCGUAUUGUACUCAUACUUUGAGAAGGCCUGGUGAUCAUGAAGCUACAAAAGUUCUCCUUUCAGCCCGCCUGGAAAUGUGUCGUCCUGCUUUUACUACUGCUACCGUUCCUGGCCAAAGGAGGCAUGUUCCGGACCAGGAGCCAUGAUCCAGAAGAGGAGAGCAGCACCCCCUUGAAUGCUCGUCAGCCAUUUGCCUUUUUGGUAUCCGGAGGUGGAUUUCGUACCACAACCAUUGGCAUGUCCAUGGCCCGGGCAUUGUCCCAAGCCUUUGAAGAAGUUGGAAACAAAUCGUGGGAGGAUGUGACACACGUCGGCUGCAACUCGGGUGGCAAUUGGUUCCUGGUGCCAUUCGUCUACAAUCCAAGUUUCUUUGCGGAAAUCACUCAAAAGACGGACAAGCACUUUUUUUUUGGGUUGUUUACCAUGGGCCAGGAUUACAAACCACUCAAGCACAUGGUUCGUGAAAUGGGCCAAAACUACAGUCAGAGUGCAUCCGCUGAGGCCGACCUGGAAGAGGAGUCUGAAACACUCAAGUGCCAUCUGGGGACAUCGUCAUUUGACAUGGGCGACUUGAUUUCCCUGGGUGUGAAGAUGCUCAACGUUGUAGACUUUGGAUCUGCCAUUACUGACUGGAGAAAGUACACCGAUGACAUUUUACGACCACUGGUUCCCAAUGUUGAUAGUCUUACCUACCGAGCGCCUCGGAAAGCCCUGCCACACGCCACAUUGAUCCAACAGCUGGCCCUUCAACCGGAUGCAUGGGUGGACCGACCCGAAGGAGGAACCAACAAUCAACGAGUCUACAAUCCAGGGGCAUAUUCGACGUAUCCCUAUGAUCCAAUCAAUCAGCCAUUUUCUCACGUUUCCAAAUCACAGAGUGCCACCGGAGACGUCGUUGACGGGUUCUUCUCCCCUCUGUUCGGGGAUAGCUUUGUCCUGCAGGGAGUCAAAGAUAAGAAUGGCGCUGGCAGCAAGAGGCAAGUCGAAGUGAGGUUCCCUCCGGAAUCGAGAACACUUGUUGGUCAAGUGUCUUCGUUAUCCUCUGCUGCCAUGGGAGCGCUAGGAUCUCCCACUCUUAUGAGAAUCGCGCUAGGAGAGUUGAUUGGGUCUGUCAAGAGGUGUUUGCCUACUCUGUGCACCGAGGAGCUUGCAGCUCUGGCUCCCUUUCUCAAAGGCGACUUGACUGCAUACGAGUUUGUGGAAAUUUUGCUGCGAGAGAUCAAUACGGGAAGAGACGUCCCUGAAAUCGUGGAAGACGUCUUGGACUGCCUUCCAAACGGACUGGAGGGUGUUGCCCCAGCGAUGCCGGUGGAACCCACGCAUGGAAGCUCAGAGCCACCCUGGACACCAACUUUUCGGGGGAUUGAUGGGGGGUACAUUGAGAAUUCAGUGAUUCACAGCACACUCGGUACUUUUAUCCAGAGCUGCGAGGUGGGGGAUGCCUCGCUCUUGUGUGAGGAAAAGACAAUCGACAUUGUUCUUGUCGACGACGGCUUUCUUCAUGCCUUUGGGACGGAAUGCUUCUUUGACAAUUCAGGGAUUGACAACCGUUGCAGACCAGCCGGGGAGCGAAUGAAACGCCAUGUAUUUUGGGACAUUCCAAGCCUGCAGAUAUUUCAAGAGCGGUUCCCAACCAACUGGACACAAUACACCAAACGAAGGUGUUGGACUCCUGAAUACUCAACAGCAGCUGUGCAAGUCCAAUCCAUCAUCAGCUACAUACAAGAAAAGUUCAAAGGAUCCCGAUGGACUUCAGGCACCUUCAACACGGUCGACAAUGAAGCCUUUGGAGUCAAGGCUGGCUACAAAGUCCGACUGCUGAUCUUUGAGAUCAACAGCCCCAUCACUCUCAACCCAAUUCUUGUCCCUCCCGCCGAAGCCAAGGCAACAUUUACAGGGUUUUACUCAAAGAUCGUCGAAGAGCAGGCCGAUGGAAUGCUGCCUGUGAUCACCAAAUGGCUCAAAGGCGAGAUCUAGUUGGUUGAACGAAAUAGGACGCCCGACUACAAAGAGGUUUCAGUAUUGAAGAGCACUACAUUUUGUCUCUGUAGGCAGGCAAGCCAGAGUUUUGAACCGCCAAACAGGUCGGUCUCAGCUCUUCCAACGGAACAUGGAAACAAGCGACAGCCCUGGGGGCAUGAUGACUUGAUUAGCUUGAGCCGGAGGCGUCCGGUUGAGGGCAUCAGGGCACCCCUUGGCAGUGCCCAAGAGUGGGCUUUGCUGGAAUUGAGGCAGCUUGCCCACAGCGCUUUGGCAGUUAUGAUCAUACGGAUGAUACUGGGUGGCCUCCAGUUUGGGAACUUUUUGAACGCAGUAUCUAAUCACAUAUGACCUAAUACCGUACGGUAGGUAGCUACCAGUCUCAUUACUAAUCAUAGCAUAACAUGUCCAAAGUGUAGUCAUGCUUCCAUG